AUGGUCAAGGGCCCUGGGGUAGAAGAGAGUAUGCCACUUCCUGCUCUCAUUAACUCCAUCCUCAGUGACUUAGCCAGUCCCUGCUCCUGGCCUGAAGCAGAGAGCAGACUGUCCAAGUCAAAGGUCCCUCAGGCCCAUCACCAGGUCAGCAUCAAGGUCUCUCUUAAGGACGCUGAGAUGAAAACAGCAGAAGAGCCAACCUCAAGUCUUGGGCAGACCCUGGAGUGGCUGAGAAAGGAGCUGGCUGAGAUGCAGGUCCAAGACCAGAGACUUCUGCUCACGCUGAAGCAUCUUCACAGUGUCCUGGAGGAGCUGCGUGCAGAGAGUGCCCACUGGGAGGAUACCAGAUCCAGUGGCGGGACCUCCCCCAUCAGACUUCGAGCAGGCUCUGAAGGCAGGCAACACCAGCCCUUUUCCUCCAGGGGCCUGGCCCAGCUCCUCCAAGGGGUAGACAGCAGACGAAGCUCCCUCCCUUAA